AACCUGGACGGAUUAGGGUGUUACACGUCGUGCUACAGUAGCCCGUCACCAUUGCCAUCGUUUUUUGAGCUUCAUCUCUUGGUGCCUCACCUUUUUGAGUAUAGAUUCUUGUUCCCCUCUCCUGGGCGACCAUUUCUACCGGCGGAAUUACUCAGCCAUGCCCUUGUUCGUGUAGGGUGUGCGUUGACUUCUACGGUUCACUGUUCACUGUCUUCCCCGAUGCUUCCUGCGUAGCUUCUCUGAGUUGCUUCUGCUCCCAUGGGUUCUGGCAAAGCCCAGAGUGCUAAGAGGACUAAGAAGAAGCUCCCUAGGAGCCCAACGAAGAAAAGGACUGGAGAUGAUGUUAUGGAGACUCCUAGUCUGAAUACGGAUAUUGCCAUGGAGCUACCUGAGAAGGAGAAGGCUCCAACUGCGUCUUCAACAUCUAAGACAUCCCCCCCACAUGCUGAAGACGUCCCUGAUACAGGUGACCUCUUCAAGGGCAAUAGGGAUCCUGACCAAGGUAUGAUUCUGAAACAAUAUGAUGUUGGUGAAGGUGUUCUCCAUAUCCCGGAUUCUAUUAUCAAACCUGUUGAAGAGCUGCGGGGUUUUUGUCUUGUGGGCUGCUUUACUGGACGCUUCCCUGGCCUCAAGGCAGUGGAUGCUAUUGUCAAAAGCUGGAAUGUUUCUUGUAGAAUCAUUCCCCAUUGUAAGGGUUGGGUUAUUCUGAAGUUUGAGAAUGAUAUUGAUAGAAUGGACGUGGUGGGUAGGGAAAGGGAUAAAGCUUAUGGGAAGGAGCUUAGACUCAAGAUCCCUUCUCAUGGUUUCAUGUUUGAUUUUGCUGAAUUCACCACUCUACCUGUCUGGGUUCAGCUACAUAAUGUACCAUUGCAGCUUUGGUCUGAAGAAGGAAUUGGAAUGCUGGCCUCAAAAGUGGGGAAGCCUCUGAGAACUGACCUGGUUACAAAGCAGCAAGGCAAGGGUGGUUUUUGUAGAGUGCUUGUUGAGGUUGACUUCUCAAAACAGCCUGUGACCCACUUUGAGGUAGCUUGUAUGGGUAAGACUUACACACAACUUGUGGUGUUCGAGGAAGACCCUAAAUACU